AUGGAGAAACACCCCGAAACUUCCUUCAAGGUGAUGAACCAAGAUUUCAUGAAGCUUGAUCGUUUUGAUGGCACCAAUUAUACUCGUUGGAAGGACAAGAUGAUGUUCUUUCUCACUGCUUUGAAGAUUUGGUACGUGCUUGAUCCAAGUCUGCCAAAAGUUCUAGUCGCUACUCCUGUUGAAUCUGCAGAAGCUAAGGAAGAACGUGUCAAGCAUCAAGAAGAUGAGUUGCUGUGUCGUGGUCACAUUCUAAACACUCUUUCAGACCGUCUGUAUUAUCUCUUCACUUUUGUUCAAUCACCAAGAGAAAUCUGGAAAGCUUUGGAAUUCAAGUACAACACUGAGAAACAAGGAGCAGAUAAGUUCAUUACUAUGAAAUUCCUUGAGUUUAUCAUGUUCGAUCAUGUUUCUGUAUUGGAUCAAGUGCAUGAACUACAAAUCCUAGUCUCUAAAUUGAAGGACUUGAAUAUUGAAGUCAGUGAAGCAUUACAAGUUAGGGUUGUCAUAGCCAAACUUCCUCCAAGUUGGAAUGAUUACAGAAAGAAAUUGUUACAUUCUUCUGAAAGUUUCUCUCUAGAACAACUACACAAGCAUCUCAGAAUUGAAGAAGAAACUAGCAUUCGAGAUGGAAAGAGACUUGGAAAAGAAUCUGACUCCAAUGUGAAUUUCAUUGAUGUGAACAAGUCCAACAGAUUUGGAAAGAAGAGAAAAUUCGUGGAUGUUAAUUCAAGCACAGACAAUAUUGGUUCCAAAAAGAACAAGACAUGUUUCAUUGUAAGAGGAAAGGACAUUUCAAGAAGGAGUGCAGGUUUUGGAAGAAAAUGA